AUGGAGGGAGCUGUGGUCAAAGUGGAUUCUUUUGAAGAAAACACGAAUGCUGUUGUUUUGGUCGUUGUAUUGAGCAGCUGGAUCUGUAGUGCUCAAGCGUCCUACGUAGCUGCAGUGUAUGAGCACCGCGUGGAGAUGAACCCGCAGCCGAGCGUGCCUCUGUCCCGCAGCGCAGCGCUACUGCACAUGCGCACUAACCUGCGGGUGUAUGAGCAGCAGGCUGAACAAGCAAGCCGACAGGGCGCGCAGAUUCUGGUGUUUCCUGAGGACGGCCUGCACGGCUUUAACUUCACCCGCUCCAGCAUCGCCGCUUACCUGGAGAUAAUCCCUGACCCUCAACACGAGACCUGGAACCCGUGUGAGGAGCCACAGCGCCACCCCAACACAGAGGUGCAGCAGUGGCUGAGCUGCAUGGCCCGCAGGCAGCGGCUGUAUGUGGUGGCCAACAUGGGCAGUGUGCAGCCCUGCUCUGGGACCAGCGCCUCCUGUCCCUCUGACGGUCGCUGGCACUUCAACACGAACGUGGUUUACAGCAGUGACGGGCUGAUGGUGGCUCGUUACCACAAACAGAACCUGUACUUUGAAGACGCCUUUGACGCGCCGCCACAUGUGGAGGUGGUCACGUUUGAGACUCCUUUUGCCGGAAGGUUUGGUCUCAUCACCUGCUUUGACAUCCUGUUCCGGCAGCCGACCGUGGCUUUGCUGGAGAAGGGAGUGCGUCAGAUCAUCUUCCCCACGGCCUGGAUGAACCAGCUCCCUCUGCUGGACACUAUUCAGUUCCAGCGGGCCUUUAGCCUGGGGGCGAACAUCACACUAUUGGCUGCAAAUAUUCGCAGUGAUCCUCUCAUUAUGACGGGUAGUGGGAUCUACUCCCCAUCCUCAGCCGUGUACCACCACGCCCUGAUGGGAGACCCGGAAGAGGGCCGCCUCAUCGUGGCCACGCUGGAGCCUCUUCCUGAUGGACCAGAGUCAGAGCCAGUGCAGGGCUUCACUGAUGCAGGACUGUGCGGUUCUGAGGCCCACAGGGCCCCUCAGUCCUUCACCUCCUACAUGAUGCAUGACAUCUUCACCUUUGUCCUCCUGCUGCGGCCUGAAGGACGCCUCAGUGUCUGCGACGGCUCCCUCUGCUGCUGGCUGCAGUAUCGACUCACAGAGAAUAACCUCACAGAAGUCUAUGCCCUCGGGGCAUUCGCUGGACUGCACACAGUCAAUGGAAACUACAGUCUACAGGUGUGUGCGCUGGUCAAAUGUGCAGGAUCUGAGCCUCAGUCUUGCGGACGGGAAGUGGAGCAGGCCCAAACUAAAAUGGACUUCACUCUGGAGGGAACCUUCAGCAGCAGCUACGUGUUUCCAUCUGUCCUGUCCAGUGACUACACUCUGGAGCAGCCCACGCACCUGCACACGUCCCCCCAGGGCACCGUGACCAUGGAACACUCCCACAUGAAGGCGGGCCUCAUCACUGCGGCCCUGUACGCUCGGACACACCACCUGGACCCACACUAG